AAUAUCUUUAGCGGUCUCUCUGUCAUCAACACCACAUGCCCAACUAGGGUUCAGGUGUCAUACGCACCUCCUCCAUUCGUUCCGAGCACUAGCGCGAAUCUAGACCACGAUGCAACCUUCAUCCGCGGGCCCCCCACCUCCAAUGGCCCCGUCCCAACAGUACCAGCACUACCAUCAACCGCAGCAGCAGUGGAUGGGGCAACCGCCACCACAGCAGCCGCAGCUGCACUACCAGGCACCACCGCCACAGCCGCAGCAGCAAUCUCCGUACUACUACCAGCACGCGCAAUCGCAGGGCGCUGGUCCUCCGCCGUCCCAUCAGAAUCAACAGCCAGCGCCGUACAACUCCGCUGCGGCUGCUCAACCUCCCAGCGCUGAUGAGAUCCGCAGCAUCUGGAUCGGUGAUCUGCAGCCCUGGAUGGAUGAGGAUUACCUGACCAGAUGCUUUUAUGGUACAGGAGAGGUUGUCUCUGUUAAAGUUAUUCGCAACAAGCAAACUUCACAAUCUGAGGGGUAUGGCUUUAUUGAGUUUAACAGUCAAGCAGCUGCGGAAAAGAAUCUACAAGCAUACCAUGGCACACCAAUGCCUAAUGCUCAGCAGAACUUUCGACUUAACUGGGCUUCUCUAGGAUCAGGAGAAAAGCGUUCGGAUUCUUCUCCUGAGCACACUAUAUUUGUUGGAGAUUUGGCUGCUGAUGUCACAGAUUACAUACUGCAAGAGACUUUCAGAGUCAACUAUCCAUCUGUGAAGGGUGCAAAGGUUGUUACAGAUAGGGCCACUGGACGCACCAAAGGCUAUGGGUUCGUCAAAUUUGGGGAUCCAAACGAGCAACAGCGUGCUAUGACUGAGAUGAAUGGGAUGUAUUGCUCAAGCAGGCCAAUGCGGAUUGGGGUAGCUGCUAACAAGAAGAACCUGAGCACCCUACCACAAGGUAGCACUCAACCACAAGCUACUUAUCAAAAUAGCCAAGGGACUCAGAGUGAUGAUGAUCCAACUAACACAACUAUAUUUGUCGGGAAUUUGGACACUAAUGUUUCAGAGGAUGCUCUGAGGCAAUUUUUUUCGAACUAUGGGCAGUUGCUUCACGUGAAAAUACCUGUAGGGAAGCGGUGUGGUUUUGUCCAAUUUGCUGACAGGAGUGUUGCCGAGGAAGCUCUGCAGAACUUAAAUGGAUCUCAGUUAGGAGGACAAAGCAUUCGCCUUUCAUGGGGUCGUAGCCCUUCAAACCGACAGCCACAGCCUGAACAGAACCAAUGGAACAACAAUAGUGGGUACUAUGGACAAACUCCCGGAUAUGAAUCAUAUGGUUACCCCCCUGCUGCUGCUCAAGAUCCGAAUAUGUACUAUGGAGGUGGGUAUGGUAAUUAUCCACAACCUCAACAACAGCACCAACCGCAGCAUCAGGGAUACACUGGGUAAGCUGUUCCUUUGUUGACUUCAAAUGUGGGGCAUUAGAAGUGGUGUGCUAUUCGAGUGUAAUAUAUUGCUAAGACUUACUUUGGUUCCUUCCUUUAGACUAGGUAAAGCUGGUAGUUGUUUCAUGAUUCUUUGUAUUGGGACUAAUGUUCCCUUUCAGUAGCUUAAUGCAUAUGCUUGACUGCAUGUCUCUUUUUCCUAAUCCUUUUUUAUGAGUUUUCUAUAUCCGUUGUACGGUUGUAGAAAACAAAACGAAUGGUAAUGAUACAUUUCUCAGUAGCUGUAUCUUGUUUUUGCCUCUUGUUUUUCCUUUGUCUUGCUUAAACUCCUUAAAGAUAAAACACAUUAUUUCGAAAGAUGUAUUUACUACAGCACAUCUUUUGAUAGUUUCGUUAGAAG